CUAUCACGAGAACUCUCUGUUAACGUCUCACGUCACCAUCAAAUCUAACAAAACACAGAAACUAUUUUGUUCUCUAAUUUUUUUUUGUUAUUUGAUUUUUUCAUUUUCUGGGUUAAAUCAAAUGGGAACAAUAGAGAUGGAUCCAAAACUGAAUGAUCUCUCUCAAAUCCUCCCUCGUGUCCUCGUCGUUUCUAGACGCACCGUUCGUAAAAACAAAUUCGUCGAUUUCGUUGGUGAAUAUCAUCUUGAUUUGAUAGUACGUUACGGAUGUGUACCAGUGAUUGUACCAAGAGUAACUGGUGUUCACAUGUUACUUGAGAGCUUUAAACCAAUUCAUGGAGUUUUACUUUGUGAAGGAGAAGAUAUUGAUCCUUCUCUUUAUGAAUCUGAAAUAUCUUCUCUUUCUCCUGAAGAGCUUCAAGAGAUUAGAGAAACACAUGCUAGUGAUACAGCUAUUGAUAAAGAGAAAGAUUCUAUUGAGUUAGGUCUUGCUAAGCUUUGUCUUGAACAGAACAUUCCUUACUUAGGAAUCUGCAGAGGAUCACAAAUUUUGAAUGUUGCUUGUGGUGGGACUCUUUAUCUAGAUUUAGAGAAAGAACUUACGAAUAAGUUACCGGAAGAACGUAGAACGAAUCAUAUCGAUUAUGAUAAUUAUGAUGGACAUAGACAUGUUGUGAGGAUUGUUGAGAACAGUCCACUUCAUUCUUGGUUUAAAGAUUCAUUGGAUGGUGAUAAAAUGGAGAUUUUGGUUAAUAGUUAUCAUCAUCAAGGUGUUAAGAGAUUGGCACAGAGAUUUGUGCCAAUGGCGUUUGCUUCUGAUGGGUUAAUGGAAGGUUUUUACGAUCCGGAUGCGUAUAAUCCUGAAGAAGGGAAGUUCAUAAUGGGUUUGCAGUUUCAUCCAGAGAGAAUGAGACAACAUGAUCUUGAUGAGUUUGAUUAUCCUGGUUGUCCUGCUGCUUAUCAGGAAUUUGCAAAGGCGGUGAUUGCGUAUCAGAAGAAGCUUAAUAGCUCAUUGUCGGUUCCAAAGACAUUGAAGCUUGAUACUGAAAUGGAGAAUAAAAGAAAGAUACUUGUUAGGAGUUUCUCACUUGCUAAGUAUAUGUACGUUAGAGGAGCACCAGGGAAGAACUCAUCAAAAGAAUCAGAACUCGAAGUUGGAGCCGAGUUUCUUGAGUCCAACACGGCGCUAAGCGCGGAGCAAGAGAUGAGGCUGAAGGAGAUGGGAGCGACGGUGAGGAAUGGAGGAUCAUAUAUGAAAAAGUUGAAAGUAGACGAGGAUAAGAAGAGGAUGGCGAGGAACAUGAUGAACAAAAUGAACAUAGAGCAACUCUCAGAGCUUAUGGCAUUUUAUCAUUUAAUGGGUAAUAUCUGUGGAGAAGUUUUGGAGAGAAAGCUUCAAGGCAAUGUCAACGAAUGCUUGAAGGAUCUGUGAGUUUCUGAUGAAUGAAACGCAUGCAGAGGAUGCUUUAAGAAAGAAAGGCCACUUUU